UGGGUGCCUCGCUCCAAGUGCACAGGAGAGCCUGGGCAGCCCUUCCUGUCCCCUAAGGAGCUGAGAUCCAUGCAGUACCAAUCCCUGGUGGGGCUUGCCAUGCCCCUGACUGACGCCUUUGUGCCAGAGGCAGAGAAGAAGCUGGGGCUGAGCCAGACCCCACCGCCGGAGAGAGUGUGGGAGCAGCUGAGAAAGCUGGCGGGGCGCAGGAACAUGGAUGAGAUGGGUCCUGCUCUCCAGCCCAUCUACUGGCACAUGCAGGAAAACCUGAAGGCCUUUGGGACUGCCCCGGAUGGUGCUGUUGUGUGGACUGGCUCUGGGCUUGUCGUGCCACGUGAUGCUGUGCUGGGCUAUCCUGAGAAGCUGGAGCUGGGGAUGCUGGUGCCCCGGGUGCCCCCUGACUUCCUGUCCUACGGCUGCCUCUUCAGGGCUUGGGGGGUGGCAGAGGGGGUGAGUGAGGAGAGGGCGGUGUCAGCCCUGCGCUCCCUGGGGCAGGACAUAGACAGGCGCAGCUCCAGAGCGGGCACUGCCGCAGAGUUGCAGGUGGUUGUAGCUGUCCUGGAGUGGCUGAAGAGGCGGGGCCACCAGGGCGAGGGCACUGUGCCGGUUCCUGUGAGGAUCCCGCAGGGCUCAGGCUUUGCCCUCCGUCCAGCUGCCUCUGCCGUGUAUCUGGACAUGGAGCUGGAGGAAGAGGAGGAUGUUCAAGAGGUGGUGCACGAGGCAGUGCCUUCCAGCACAGCCAUGUUCCUGGGCACGGAGCGUCUCAGUACGCGGGUGCUGGGCCCGGAGCCGUUCACAGCCUGUGGCCCCUCGGAGCCCAUCACCCGACGCCUCCGCAACAUCCUCCAGGAGUACGGCGAGGAGGGCGACCUCUUCACAGAGAUGGUCCAGAACGCAGAGGAUGCUGGCGCUACCGUGUGUCGCUUCCUCCUGGACCUGCGGUGCCGCAGAAAGGCCGCCUCUGGGCUGCUAGACCCAGGCAUGGCUGCCUGCCAUGGCCCAGCCCUCUGGGCCUACAACAACGCCCUGUUCACAGAGGAUGACCUCCAGAACAUCACCCGGAUUGGGGCUGCCACAAAGGAGGGCCAGGCAGGCCGGAUCGGGCGCUUUGGGCUGGGCUUCAGCUCUGUGUACCGUGUCACGGAUGUGCCGGCAGUGCUGAGUGGGGAGACACUGCUCAUCUUUGAUCCCAAUGGCACCCAUCUGGGCAAGCACAUCCCCAGGGCCGGCUCCCCUGGCAUCCGCCUGGACUUCUCCAGCCGACCACGCAUCCUCCGUGUCUUUGCUGAGCAGUUCCAGCCCUACCACGGUAUCUUUGGGUGCUGCCUGCCUGAGCCAGGAGCCUUUCCAGGGAGCCUUUUCCGCUUGCCUUUUCGCACUGAAGAGGAAGCUGUGACAUCACAGAUUUGCUCUGAGGCUUUUGGUACAGAGCGCAUCCAGUCCCUUGGAACUGCUUUCCUUGGCUCUAACCGGCUCCUGCUGCUCUUCCUGAAGAAGGUGAGGGAGCUGUCCCUGGAGAUGCUGCCAGACACGGCCACUUCUGCGGAGGAUACCAUGCCUCUGGCCACGCUGCAGAGAAAGGAGAUCCAAGACUUGGGGGCCCCUGGGGAUCCCCCAAGUUGGGCAGCCAUCGAGCAGCUCUCAGCCUGUGAGGAGGAAUCCAGGACCACAUGGCACUACCUGGUUUUGGUGUGUCAGGGUGAUGGGGAGUUGUUGGAACUGUUUCACCAGAACACACAGGCAGGACUCCAUCCUCCACUUCCCAUGGCUGGUGUGGCCCUUCCCCUUGCCCCUACUGAAGACGGCAAGUGGGUGCCACAUCUGAACGCUGAGAAGGGGCAAGUUUUCUGCCACCUUCCCAUGCCGAUCAUGUCAGGGCUGCCAAUCCACCUGCAUGGGGCCUUCAGCAUCCUCUCAAAUCGCAAGGGGCUGUGGGACACGGCGGAGCGGGGCACGUGGAACCGGGUGCUGCUCCACAAUGCCGUGCCGAUGGCCUGGCUCCGGGCACUGGACCAUCUCCGUGCCAUGCACGAGGCAGGCGAGUUAAAGAACUAUGAGUAUCAUCUCUUCUGGCCAGACAUUAGCACUGCCCGUUACCCCUUUACAGAGGCUGUGACUGGUUUCUACCAGGCUGUGGCAGCCAGGAGUGGCCCAAGGCUCUUUUCAGAUGGCCACUCCUGGUGCUCGUUGCAGGACGCCCGCUUCCUGCACCAGGCUGUGGAGAGACACCCUAAGCUGGGAGCUGUGGCACAGCGAGUCUUUGCCAUCACCGUGCCCCGUCCCCUGUUGGCUGUGGCCUUGCCUGGGAAGGUGCAGGAGGGCCUCGGGAAGGCGCUGGAUGCUGGAACCUAUGACUGGAGCCGCUUUCUCUGUGAGCUUGUGCUUCCCAACUUGGAAAAUCUCCCUGACGUUGACCGGAACCUGCUGGUGCUCCAUGCGCUGGAUAUGUCUCAUGAGGAUGUUGACAAAGUGCUGCGGACAGUGCCCUGCAUCCCUGUCACCCCUCAUGGCCACCUGCAGCUCAUCAAUUACCUGGUGCAUCCCAGAGGCCGUGCUGCCCCUUUAUACAACCCUGAGGAUGGGCGCUUCCCCACUGGGAAUGCCUUCCUGGAGAGACUAAACCAACUGGAGAGGCUGGGCAUGGUGAAGAACACCGUGGCUCUGCCAGAGCUGCUGGAGAGGGCAAAGACUGUGCAGCUUCUCUGGAUCAAGAAUCGUGCCCAGGGCUGCCCGAGGGCUGCCUGCAUCCUUGAGUUACUUCGGGAUGCAGUGAAGAAGGCAACAAACGACACCCUGCAGGCCACUUUCCAGACUGUGCCCUUCCUCCCUGCUGCACAGCACACUGGUGACCCUGUGCUGCUGCCAGCUGCCCAGCUCUACCAUCACCUCCAUGAGCCACUAGUGGGACUCAUCCAACCUAUCUUGGCUCCUAAAAUGCUGGGGAAAAACUUCAGCCUCUCCGAGGAGGUAGCGUCCUUCUUGGGACUGGACCGGCAGGUACCAUCAGCUCUGGUCCUUGAGCAGCUGCGAGCACUCCAUCGUUUCUCCAACACUCUCUCUUUGGAGAUCCUGCAGUACAACACCAACUGCUGCUACAAGCACCUGAACAUGCUGCUCCGGGAACAUCCCUCCAGCCGGGAUGAGAUGGCUUCUGCAGUGGCCCCAGGGGAGCCCUUCAUCUUGGUGGGCUCCCGUUUUGUGCCAGUCACAGCUGUGGCUGAGACACUGUCAUUUGAGGCUGCCCCAUACCUUCAUCAGCUCCAAGACCAGUACAAGCCCUACAGAGAGCUCUGGGAGUGUGUGGGGCUGCGCCACACAUUCUCCUGGGAUGAUUAUGCCCGAGUGCUCUGCACCCUGGCAGAGACACAUGCUGGAAAGCCACUGCCUGCCGCGGAGCUGGAUCUGGCCCUGCGGCUCGUGUCUUGUGGCUUGAUGGAAGAUGGCAAGCAGCCAGAUGCCUGCCAGACCCAGCAACUCUUUCUGCCUGAUGAGGAGGGCAUUUUGCACCCACGGGACAAGCUCUACUUCAAUGAUGCACCAUGGAUGCCGUUGGACAGAGAUGUCCUGCUGUGCCAUAAACAGCUGUCCCGAGAGGCAGCCCGGCACUGUGGGGUGACCACCACACGCCACCGAGCACUGGAGAGGUGUGAAGUCAUCACUGACCACCUGAGCCUCUGGGCGCAGCCAUUUGGUCCCCAUGAAGAUUUGCCAACGCGACUGAAGAACAUCUUGAAGGAGUACUCUGCGUCCGCUCCUGAUCUGGUGAAGGAGGUGCUCCAGAACGCGGAUGAUGCUGGUGCGGGGCUUUUGCACUUUGUGUGGGACCGCCGGCAGCACCCAGUGAAGGCCACUUUUAGUGAGGAAUGGAAGAUCCUGCAAGGCCCUGCCCUCUGCAUCUACAAUGACCGCCCCUUCCAGCAGCGGGACAUUGAAGGCAUUCAGCAUCUGGGGGUCGGUAGCAAGCAAGGCCGGCAGGAUGUCACAGGCAAAUAUGGCCUUGGUUUCAACACUGUCUAUCACUUUACUGACUGCCCAGCCUUCCUGACCGGAGACAGUACCCUGUGUGUCUCUGAUCCCCAUCUCUACUACGUGCCCACAGCCACAACUGAGAAGCCUGGUAGCAUGUUUACUGUCAACACUGACUUCAAGAAGAAUUUUCCAGACAUUUAUGACACCUUCCUACCAUCCUUCUUCGACCUGAAACAGGGCGUCCUUUUCCGGCUGCCGCUCCGCACUGCAGCUGAGGCUGCCAAGUCCAGGGUGUCUGACAUGGUCGUGCGAGACCAAGACCUCAAGAACAUGGAAGAAACACUGGCUAAGGAAGGUGAGGACUUGGUGCUCUUCCUCCGACAUGUCCACACCAUCAUCUUCUCUGAGAUCCCCCCAGAUGGGAAAGAGUUGGUGGAGAAGCUGCGGGUAACCACGGAGCUCACAGAGGAGGAUGCAAAGUUGAGACAGGAUUUUCAAGCAAGAUUAAGCCAAGCCACGGAUGGAAACAGCCCCACCCCUCUCUCCUAUACCAUGAAAGUCAAAAAUAGCAGGGCCAAGACCACAAGUUUGUGGAGGGUGAUCUCCCAAAUUGGGGUGCAGGAUGGGGCUGAGGAGUCUCCAGAGCUUAAAUGGCUGCCCUAUGGGGCUGUGGCUGCCCGCAUGGAGCCUCUGAAGCGAGUCAUGGGCAGAGCCUUCUGCACCCUCCCACUGCCCUUAGUCACUGGGCUGCCUUUGCACAUCAAUGCCAACUUCUCUGUGGAUGCAGCCAGGUGCAGACUCCACUGGGACAAAGGCGGCACAGGGGCAACCUGGAAUGGCUUCUUGCUCCGGCGCUUGGUGGUUCCACUCUACUGUUACUUUCUCACCAGGCACUGGAAAGCCUUGGAGCCAGAAAAGCUCCAGUAUCAGUCCCUGGAACUCUGCCAGGAGCACCUGGACUCCCACUUCCUCCAGUUUUUCCCUGUUAUGAACGGGGUGUUACCUAUGUUCCAGGACAUGGUGAGAGAGGUCUACAAGCACCUCAGUCAUGAACGCCUGCCCCUUGUGCCUGUGUACAGGAAGUCACCUGUCAGGGUGACAAUAACCUGGGCAUCUCCAGGUGGAGGGGACAUGCUAACAGAGCCAUACUUCCUCAAGGAGGUGCCUCAGCCAGAAAUCCAGAAAGUGCUGGAGCAACUGAACAUGAAACUGGUUCCAGCAUUCCCCCACCUGCAGCAGAUCUGCGAGGAGUUCAUUGAAGCCCAAGUGAACACUGUUGUCUUAGGGCCAGACUCUCUCCAGCGCUUCCUCAAGGCCCUGGCCCUGCCUGUGCCCUGCAAGCUGGCUGAGACACCCCUGAGGAACCCAGAGAGCUGCUCCUACCUGCUGCGAUACUUAACAGGACGGAACAGGCACUCCCAAGGUACUCACAAGGAUGGGGACAAGGCAAUCCUGGAAGGCCUGCCCUUGCUGGCCACAGAAGAUGGUCUUCUGAAUGCUUUCAGCAGCCAGCAUCCUGUCUUCAAGAACUCCUUUGCCAAGCUCUUCCCCAAGCACAGCCACCGUUUUGCCCAAGAGUGUGUUCCUGCAUGGAUCCCACCUUGCUUUGUGAAGGAGCUUGACCUCCCACAGGCCAUACCACUCAUCCAGGAGGCAUUGGGUCAGUGGGAGUGGACCAAAGAGGGGGAAGAGUGGCUCAGGGGGCUGUGGACCUUCUUUGAGAGUGUGGUCCGCUCCAAGACCUCAGAUGUGACCAUGGAGUCAUUCAUGAAUCAUCUCCAGAAUAUGGCAGUGCUGCCUAUUCAGGGGAAUAAGACAGACUCAAAGCACCUACUGCCACUAUCCUCCCUCUCCAGGGUUCUUUUUGAGUGUUGCUCUGAAGUGGGAAAGGUGCUGCACAAUCUGGGCAUCCCUGUGCUCCAGCAGUCCCUGCUGCCCUGGAGUUUUGCCUACGAUUUCCUGAAGCCAAGGGCACUGCAGGUCACAGAUCCCAGGGCUAUAGUGGCCCAUCUGGCAGACACAAGAGCUGAUCUCUGCUGGGGGGAUUUAGAGGAGCAGGAUUUGUCAGCCCUGCUAAGAUUUGUCCAGCAGGGAAAGGGAAAGCUGGAUUCACGUGCACUGGAGCAGCUCCAGCACCUGCCUCUCUUCCAGAAGUCUGGGGGGGGCUAUGUAGCUGUGGCUCCCUACCGCAAGGUGCUGUUACACCACAGACAAGUGGCCUCGAAUGCCCAAGCUCUGUUUGACUUGGACAAAGACAUGCUGCUUCUCACACCAAGCCUGUUCCAUGAAUGGCUGGCCGAGCGUUUGAAGUGGGAGGUCACAGAUGACCAAAAGCUCUUCAUGACUGUGAUACUUCCUCGGCUGUCCCAGCUCACACAGCAAAACCUCAUGGAAGCUGUACGAUUGUUCUUUGUCAUGAAACCUUUCUGUGACGCCGAGAACGUGGAGGCCAUUGUGGCAGCUUUUCAGAAGGUGGCCUUUCUACCAGAUGCCCACGGAACACUGCGCCUGGCCUCCUACUUCUACUUUGACAUGCCCUCCUUCCACACCCUGCGGCUCCAAAACCGCUUUGUGCCUAAAUCUUUCUUUAAGGAGCUACGUUUGAACAAACAAGAAAUUGUGCAUUUCUUCCUCAAGGCAGGUGUCCGUACCAACCUCUCUGUAAAGGAUUUUGUGGCACUGGCUGAGGAGAUCGAGCGUGAAGCCACUCAGGCUACAUGCCAUGCUGCAGAACUGCGGGAGCAACAGCAGGAGAUGCUCAAGCAACUUGCAGCCCUGUUGGAAGAUCCUGAGUCAAAGGAUUUCCUGAGGAAAAUUGCCUCAAUCCAAUUCCUGCCUCCACUGGAUAUCCCCCCAAACUUAAUGAACCUUCACCCUCCUUUUGCAGACUGCACUAAGGCUGUGGCUCUGAAAGGCAGCGUUUCCUACUGUGAAAAUGUGCCUGAACUCCUGUGGACAUCAGCCACCAUCCUGCCAAAAUCUCUUGAACUUGAGGAGACAUCCCUGAAAGCCAUGGGAGUCCUUGUAGAGAUACCCACUGCCCUGGUGGUGGCCAACCUGGAACAUGUGUGCAGGGCAGCUUGCUUGACACAAGGGCAGGUAAGCACACGGGCCAAGGUGCUCCAUAGCAUGUACAGCUUCCUGCAGACC